GGAAGGUCGAACGAGCAGUAUGGGAGGACAUGCUCGACAUCGUCAAGUGCAGUGUCCUCAGCGUGGUAUCUGGCGCCGACUUCGACGCCUAUCUGCUAAGGUAACCGUCACUUCCCAUGAAGCCCUUGCCGUCGCAUUUAGUGUCAAACUGCCAGCGAAUCUUCUCUAUUCGUUUCACCUCACCGCCUCAUUUUGAAGACAUGCGGUACUACCCUUAAUCUUCUCGGGCUUCCCCGUAUCCUGGAGAUUGCCGCAGUGCAUGCCAAUCUGUCCACCGUCUACCGCUGUUUCUAUUCUCGCAAGUCAUUCAUGUUUCCGGAUCGCCAGCACGGUCCCCAUCGUGACUGGAAAUAUGAAGUUGAAUUUCUUGACAAUAUCUUUGCCAACGGCGCCGCCUAUACCGUCGGAAAGGUGAAUGGUGAUCACUGGCUUCUCUACCUCACCAAUCCAGAGGAGGAAGUCUCCAUAUCUUUAUCUGUACCACCGGCUAUCAAUACCAUCUACGAUCUUGAAUUCCCCGACUACACCAUAGAGAUUCUCAUGAGCGACCUUUCACCCUCGGCGCGCGAGCGUUUCUUCCUUUCCUCCCCUACAGAUGAUCCAUCCCUCCAAGCUGUGGCCUUGUCCCAAUCUUUAGGUAUCACCGAAAUCUUUCCGUCACACCUCACCACUCUUGAUGCAUAUUCCUUUUCUCCAUGUGGAUACUCCUCAAAUGCGCUUAUCAAGUGGGGCGAAGACUCGUCUUUCGUGGCCUGCCCGAACGGCACCAAUACCCAUCCUGGUGAAGGGUAUUAUACCAUCCACGUCACUCCGGAAGAGGGCUGGUCUUAUGCCAGUUUUGAAUGCAACGUUCCACUGCCCCCCUCCCGUCUAUCACCUAACGAUCCUCACGCAAUUCCAGACUUGGAAACGCUCAUCCAACGCGUCGUUUCUAUUUUCGAGCCUGGCAGGCUCACCCUCACACUCUUCAUUUCUUGCGAAGAGAACGAAGUCGAUAGAGGAGAGAAGAAUCCUGCCGAAGCUGCCCAGCGCGCUUUCCGUGCUGCGCUCGGCGCACCCAUCGGCAAGCAGCACAAAAAGCUCAACGGCAUUCAACCGGAUGGCCCAUCUCCCAGAAACUACAAAAGGACGGACAAGAUUAACUACGAAUUUGGAGGGUAUGACCUUGCAUUUGCUAGCUUUGAGUUAGUAUCGUAAAUCAUGGAUUGUGAUUGUACAAUGCAAUAGAUACGUCUUAAAGAUACACAAUGAUUACAGCUACGAUGCGUUUACUCAAUCUCUAGUUGUCUCUCAGACUCUCCCUUUACUUGGACGGAAG